AGAAAAACACACUCAGGCGCCGGUCACAGUGCAGUCGUGGAGCGGAGGCAGAGGAGACGAAAGUGACAAACCCAGUGAGGAAAGUGUUUGUGAAGAUGAUGAAAACACACAGCAAGCAUACAGCAGCGUAGGAAACGAGGGCGGGACGAUGACGCUGUAGUGGAAGGUGACUACAGUAGGCGGUGGGCGUGUUCUCCUUGUUGUGAUCCACACUUGGGGAGCCGGCUGUCAUUCGCUCCAGCAUGAACUGACUGUGCAGACCUGUGCGGCUCAGCAGGACACCGGCAGCGAAGGCGAUACCUGGAAACACGCGUCACUCUGCUCCGGUUCUGGCUCCCGGCGCCGCGGAUGAGGAUUCCUUGUAACUGUGCGCGUCUUGUGCACACUCAGACACACCGAAGCAGAAGACGACGUAUAUUCGGAGAGAAGCACUUCUAACUGUGUAUAUGUGAGGCACGCUCGCAGCCGCGGGUGCGGUCUGUCGCUACGCUGCCCCUUCCUCCCGUUUCUAGCAUGUGCAGAUGUGCGGAGCAGUGAAGCUGGCACCUGGCUUGGAGUUUAGCAACAUCUGGACUGGAGGGGUUGGAUCUCCCUUUUCUGCCCAGGGGAGGGAGCACUGGGCUGGGCACCCCAUGGCCCAGUUCCCCUCUAGCACCGGCUUCAUCCUGGGUCACACGGACUCCUUCUAGCAUGCGAAUCGGCGGGACCGUACCAUGGAUGUAAGUCUACGUGGAGUUAAGAGGAAUAGCGCACUGGUGUUCCAGCAUAGGUCACAGAUUGCAAGCUUGCACUGGACUCAUCAGGGGAAAAGAGACGACACGGUGGUGCACAAGCCAACCGGCACGCAGCCCUAUUAAUGCUGCGGGAACACUUGAAGAAUGAUGAGCUCCAAAGAGGAGGAAACAUUCCGAUUUUUCCAGUAUGUUGAGGAGAACGGCCUGAGAGCCUACAAUGGCCUGGUAGCGCAGAACUUGGACCACGCCAGGAACGAGAAAAACAGAACAUACCUGCAAGAGAAGAAUGACAAGAAGAGAAAACAGGAGGAAGCCAUAAGGAGGACGGGCGAGGACAUAACAACUGAGGGCAAGCACUUACGUAUGGGCUCCAUUACCAUGCCAGACCCCCAGGAACGCAUGCCCAUGCCCAACCCCCAUGCCCUGGCCUGUGGGCAGGGCUUCUCCGUACGCUCCCAGUCCCUUCACUCCGUUGGCGGUGGGAACAGUGGGGGCGGAGGAGACGAGGAAGUGGGUAGCCCAACAUCUAGGAAGCAGCCUCCACCCAAGCCCAGGAGGGACCCUGCCACCAAGCUGAGCAUGUCGUCCGAGGCGGUGGACCACAGUCCCACAUCCACCUGCCGCGGGGACAGAUGUGAUGCAGCUCAAGGAUGCAGCGAGGACUGCAGGCGGAUUCCACCGCCCAAGCCCAAGAGAAACCCCAACACGCAACUGAGCGUUUCCUUUGAUGAGUCCUACAUCAAGAGCCACGGAGGCAGCGGGGUUUGCCCUUCCAAGCCCCUCCACCACGUUGGCUCCCCCUGCGAGCGCAACCCCUCGCCGCCGCACAGCGACGAGAGCCCCACGGACGACUGCGAGGACGAGCCCGUGUACAUAGAGAUGGGCGGAAUCGACGUCGGCGGGCGGGAGGCGCUGAAGAGCGAGGAUGAGGAGCAAGGGGAGUCUGUGUACGAGGAGAUGAAGUACCCCGCUCUGGACGACAUGGAGUACCGCUCGGACCCUGUGGGAUGCCGCUCGGCAUGCCCCACGCCAGCCCCCUAUGACCCUGAACCCCUCAGUCGCUGUUCCACACCUCGAAACAUUCCUCUUUGCGACAUUCCUGCGCCCUUUCCCAAUUUACUCAGCCACCGGCCUCCGUUGCUGGUCUUCCCACCAGCGCCCGCUCAGUGCUCGCCCAACUCCGAUGAGUCUCCCCUCACCCCUCUAGAUGUGACUAAAUUGCCCAUGUUGGAGAACCAGCCCUACAGCAAAUCACCGACAUCUUCCUCGGAGCCGCCCUCCUCUGCGCACAUCCGCAGGGAGCUGACUGCAACCCCAACCCUCACCAUCUCUGGCCGGUCCUCUGCACCCCCUCUGCCCUGCACGCUCUACAAAUCCUCCUCCUCAUCCUCCUACCAGCGCAGCCACUCGGCCUGCCCGUCGCCGGUCAGCAUGGGCCGCUGUCUCACCCCGCUGAGCCUCAUGCGCACACCUCCGUUCGAUGCUCCGAUGCCGUUCCCCGGGGGUCUGCCGCGGAGCGCCUCUGCCACCCCUCACGGCAAAGGCUCGCCACCUCAGGACGGCGUGGGCCGGCUGCACGGCUCCAUGCAGAAUGUGUCCACGGGGCGUUCACGAACACCCACCAGUCCACUAGAUGAACUAACCAACCUGUUCACCACAGGCAGGAACAUGCUAAAGAAGAAUGCCAGUGGCAGGAAGUCUAAAGAGCCCGGAGAAACUGAGUCCAAAAACAAGUCUCACAGUGAGUCCAAGCGUGAAGGCAAAGAACGCCACAGCCAUGGUCACAGUAAGGAGUCCAAACGAGACUCCAAGGACCGACACAGCAAAGAGUCUUCGCACCGGAGAGACAGAGACAGAAAUAAAGACAAAGACAGAGGGAACAACAAGGCAGAGCAACUUCCCCACAGUAAAGAUCGCAGCGCUGUAGAAGUACCACCACGGGACAGCUGCAGCAGUGUGGAGCCUAUCCCUAUGAGACGGGACUCAAAAGACAGGGGCUGCAACUCCAUAGAUCCCAUCCCCUUGAUAAGAAGAGACUCCAAGGACAGAGGCAUCAACAAUGGUGACCUGAUGCGAAGGAGAGACAGCAAAGAUCGAAUGGAGUCUUUGAUAAGACAGGACAGCAAAGACAGGGAGAGGCUGCUAGAUCAGCCACCUGAGCUGUUACCGAGGCAAGACAGCAAGGAAAGGGCAAGGAAUAGUGUAGAGAGAGCCAGAAAUGGUGUGGACUCAACGCAUGAAAGCAGAGACAGGCCACCUGAGCUUCUACCCCGACAGGAAAGUAAAGACAGACCUAGAACGGCGGCAGAAUACAAGCUUGACAGCAAAGAUCACCAUCCCGAUUUGUUACCUAGGCAGGACAGCAAAGAAAAAGCAAGAAAUGACAUGGAACAUAGACAUGAAGGUAGGAUAGACCAGCCACCUGAGAUACUACCCCGGCAGGAAUUAUCUAGAGUCAGCAACAGCAAGGACAAGUCCCUCUAUAUCUCUGAUUCUAAACAUGAAGGAAGAGAUCGAAGCUGCCACAAUGGAGGAGACCUUCCUCCAACUUUGCUGCGACAAGACAGUAAAGAUCUGAGCAGAACUGGUCUUGAGGUGAGACGGGACAGCAAAGACAGAAGUCUGAAUGGCUCGGAACAGCAUAAUGUAGACUUAAAGAACACAAAGAGCCCCUCUGCAAUGGAGUAUAAGUGUGAUAGUAAAGACAGGGCAAACAGGGCAGAUGGUACGCCCAGACGAGACAACAGAGCAAAUUACAGCAUGAACCAAUCUAAAGCACAAGAGAGAAAUGGCAGCACAAUGUCGGGGCAGCACUCAUCCUCUACAACACCUACUCACCAUGGGAGACCAUGUGGUAGCCCACCGAUGAGCGUGGGAACAGGAAAUGUGCUACCGAAGUAUGGCCGUUCGCCUUCUAUGCCUACUAACCCCUCACCCAUGGGAACUCCCCAAAGGAGAGCAUCGGAGCCACAUCAAAAUCAGAUGCCCCAGAUGCCUUGGAUUUGCGGAGACACCACCAUGCUAGAACAGAUUGAGAGGAAACGCACCCUCUGCAUGGAGAUCCGCUCCAGACAGCAUCCACACCUGCAGAGGUUUCUGGAAAGGCCUCCUCCACCAGACAGGAGCGAGGACAAGCACCAGGAGCAGAGUCAGUGCAAGCAAGAUAGUGGAUCUAUCCUCCCAGGCUGGGGGAAGAGCGGUGGGGCCAAAAAGAUCCGCCCUCCCCCAUACCCCACACAGAAAACCGUGUUCUGGGACACGGCCAUCUGACAGUAACAGCACACUUACUCCUCCCUGCCACGUCCCUCAUUAACCCACUUCCUGUUUCGUCUGGGUUGUUCUGAUUCUUCACUGCAACAUCAGGCAGGUGAGGAGUGUCAGUUAGAAAACUAGGGGAUGAUACUUGCUGAUGUCAAGUAAUGUAGUGGUUACCAUAGCAAUAUAUAUGCUUGUUCAGGUUGUCAUGUUUUCUUAUCAUCACUGGUGAUAUUUCAUAUUUUUCUAUUUCCUGUUACUGGAUUCUUGUAAUAUAAUGAGUAGAAUAGAUAUUUGAUGAAUAGAUAUUUUCUAAAUGAGAUGGGGAUUAAAAAUCUGCUUAAAAGAUGUAUAGUAGAUGUAGAUGACAUCUAAUGUUUGGUUUUGGUUAUUUUUGAUUAUUUUACAUUUGAAAGCAUAAUCUAUUACUUUUCUUGUACUGUAGUAGCAUAAUUUUCUUAUGCCCAACAUUCCUUUGCGCUCAAACGCACUAAAAUGAAUGGACUAUUCAGUUCUGUCUAUGUAUACUUUGCAUUGUCACUGUUUUAUUGUAAGUUGAAAUGUUAAAGUCAACAUACUUUAGAGUCCAGCACCAUGUCUGGUCCAGUAUGUUGUAGAAAGUACAAAAGCGGCUCCUCAAACAGAAACAGGAAACGUUCUGUGCUUCAGUUUGUAUAUUACAGUAAGAAGCUGUGUUGUCACUGCGUCAAAGCCUAUAGUGGUCGAAUCAUUUUUAGGCAAACCUGCUGGCUGGCAUGUCGCAGAACACAAAGUGCGAAUUGCUUCUGCUGUAUUCUAAGAUUCACUAUGAGGGUGGGGUGGGGUGGGGAGGUAGUAAAUUAGACUUACAUUAUAAACAAUAUAAUUUCCAAAAUCAGCCAAAGCCUGUAAGAGCGAGAUGUGAGUGUGGGUGCACUUUGGGACGUUUGGUUAGAUGGAAUGGUGUUGACGGCAACAGCUGGUGAGUAUCAGUGCCCUUACUUUUCCAUGCACACUGCGAGCACCACGACACAGUGUAAAUACUUGAUGCUGGCGACCAGCCUGUACAAUCAACACCUGAGCUUUUAGAACAUUUCUUCAUUUUACUGCAAAUUAUAAUAGCCAUAUGCACUUGCUUAAGAAAUACCUUUCAAGAUUAUGCUGAUAUAUAUUUUUUUGAAAAUGUUAGGAGUAGCGUGACGUGCCAUGUAGGUUUUAAGUUAUUGGCUGGGAGGUAAAGCCUCAGGAGAUUGGCUGUGUGUGACAUGUAGUCAGAUAUGAUUGGUUGUCUCUGACAAUAGUUACAAUUAGUUUGGCUGGCAACCACUUUAAAAAUCAAAUCAUUUAAGGACCUAUAACAUGGCAACAGCUCUUACUAGUUAAAAGACCAGGGGUUGCACACAAACCUCCACAUAUUCGAGGCUUUAAGAAUAAACUGCACUACCCUUCAUCCUUUACCACAUUAAAUCGGGCCGGGUAUAUUCAUGUCCCUCUCCUUCUGCUCUCUCCCUCUACCUCAACCUCCUUCUUACAUCAUCUAAAUGCACAUUUAAAUGCAAUGUUGACAUUGCCAAAAUAGUGUGGAGUUUGACAAAUGAGCUAGCGCUCAAAGUGCAAGUGCAGUAGCCCCCUCUCUGGUGGGAAUCAGUGCUACACAGGUCCCUCUUUGUUUUACAGUAGCUGUGUGUAUGAGUGAGGGAGAGAGCUAUGUGUGUUUGUGUGCCAAGCUACACUGUAUGCAAGUCGAAUCUUUGAAAAUGAUUGUUUUAAGACUUUCACUUUGCCCAAUCCAUGAUGUUUGGUGGGCAGAGUUUGGAAAUGUAAUAAUGAUGAUGUACAAUCUUUUUGUGUGUAUACAUGUGCACUGUGAAAAGUUAGAGAGAGCACCACACUGUCAGAGUCCUCUGUCUUAUUGCACUGAGUGUUCUCUUGUUGUGCGUAAUAAAAAGAAAAGGAAAAAAGAUGUUUGAGGCAAAAAAAGUACUGUAUUCUGAUUGUCACUUGGGUUCUGUUGAGAGAAAUAAAUAAAUAUGAACUUGAAACCUG